CAGCUCUCCGCUCCCGGCAGCGUUCGGGACGUCUCGGGGCGGGCAGUGGCUCGGCCCGCAGCCCCCCGCACCCGCCGUGUCCCGCAGCAUGGCGUGGGGCGAGCUCAGCCUGCGCUGGCUGCGGGAGGGCCGGCAGUCCAGAAAGCUCAUCCUGCUCAUCGUCUUCAUCGCCCUGCUGCUGGACAACAUGCUGCUCACCGUGGUCGUGCCAAUAAUUCCCAGUUACCUUUACAGCAUCAAACAUGAGAAAAAUGCAUCAGAAAUCCAGACUGCUAAGCCUAACGUCAUUUCAACGACAACGGACAGUUUUCAGAGCAUCUUCUCCUACUAUGACAACUCGAUGGUGCUUACUGGAAAUGAGUCUGGUAAGGCAGCACCCGGAGAGCUGCAGCACACUCAGACAGCACCGAUGAUGGUAAAUGCGACCGCUGCGCCUCCGGACUGCCCUAAGGAAGAUAAGGACCUGCUGAAUGAAAAUGUUCAAGUUGGGUUAUUGUUUGCUUCCAAAGCCACGGUGCAGCUGAUCACCAACCCCUUCAUAGGGCCGCUGACAAACAGAAUAGGCUACCAGAUUCCCUUGUUUGCUGGCUUCUGCAUCAUGUUUGUGUCAACAAUCAUGUUUGCCUUCUCAGGGAGCUACACAUUGCUGUUCAUUGCAAGGUCCCUUCAAGGGGUGGGUUCCUCUUGUUCUUCAGUGGCAGGUAAGAGAGCGUACAGGAGUAAAAUACAGCUCACAGAUCCCAGAGGUUUCAGUAACAGUCAUUUCUAA